AUGGCCACCGCAGCUUUCGACUGGUUCGUCUGGGAAGACACGGCGGGCCUGGACCACCAUUGCCCGGUGUGCGCCGUGCCCGAAUCGCACACGCACACACUCCUGAAUAUCUGCCUUGGCGAGCAUGUUAUGCCAUGCUCGAAAUACCACCAGAACUUGUUCUGGCCCAGCAAGACGCACGAGUGCGACCCUUGCAACCGCUCUGAUGAAGAGCACUGGAAGAGGCACAAAGCCAUCGCUGCCUCCUUGCGUGAUCUCGAGCAAGCUGUAAAGCCCGAGAUUAACCUACCGCUAACCUCAAUGGCUAGCACCGAACGCCCUCAGAGAAGGCGUAAGGAUAACAAGUUGGAGAAGAAGAUGGGUAAGGCAAUGUCGCGUAGGCCACCAGCCGACAACAUUAGCAACGCUGAUGUUGACCGCGUGGCAGCGGCAUUCCAUCCAGAUGCCGCCGGAGAAGACUCCAUCGAGCUCGAUGACCCGGAUUUCCCGGAAAAUUUGAGCUGGGACAGUCGCGGCUACGCGUGGUACCGCCGCAAAAUGGACGCCACCAACACGGUCAUCCCUCCAGACUUCAACGAGCUGGCCGCCGCAGCGCUGAGGCGGCUGGACGUGGAGCUUCCCUCGAGCGCCGGAUCAAAGCAGAAGCUGACCAAAAAGCAGAAGACGAUUGGCAACCAGCUGCUCGUUCUCGCCAAGGCCGACUAUGAGCACGCAUGGAACGAAGAAGUCGAGACGGCCAAGCGCAGGGGCGGUUUCUUGCGCUUCAUCAACCGGGCUGUGCUCGAUCGAAUCAAGGACUGUAGGAAACAGAGACUUGAGUUUGCUAACAGACGGCGUGGAGAAGACGAUUUGGGACAGGCCGUCGUGCCGGAUGCCGACGAAGCUCAGCCCGAACUUGGUGAAGCAGAGCCCGAAGUUGACGAACCUCAGCCAGAACUUGAUGAAGCACAGCCCGAAGUUGACGACCCUCAGCCAGAACCCGACGACCCUCAGCCAGAACCUGACAACCCUCAGCCAGAACCUGACAACCCUCAGCCACAACCCGACGACCCUCAGCCAGAGACUAGUCAGUCAGACGUCCACCCUGUUCACGAAGCUGUCCCCCUGCCCAAGCGGCCUGAAGACAUUGCGCUUCCACCGGCCGACAAGCAAGAGCGCGAUGAAUGGGAUAACGAGGCCACCAUGAGCAGGCUCCGUCGCAUGCUCAACAACUGGCACGUCACUCGCUCCGAGGGGCCCCUCUAUUCCCGAGACUUCUUCCAGGCUGGCGUCUACAACAUGUUCAAUCACGACAUCUGGGCCGAGCCACGCGACAGUCCGCUCGAGCCCCUGCCAGACCCAGAGAAGGCAUACAUUGACACCACCGGUAUCCAUCAAGUCGGCAAGCAUCCUCGCCACGACGACUGGAAGGCCUUUACGAAGCACUUCCGCCGCUACAUGCACCACCCCUCGGAACUGAUCAAAUACUAUAAUCCUAAAGCCAACAGGGUCGACGACUUCGGCACUCCCUCGACGCUGUCGGACGCCCGUGUCGUCGUGCCCAUGGGCGUCGACGGCUGGGUGACGACGCCAAAGCCCGUCCUCGAAAUCAGCACAGCCUUGGCCACGGGCACUCCGGGCUGCCCCGACGGCCACAUCGGCAUGAUGAUGCACGACGCCAUCGUGCCCUUCUGCUUCGACUCCACGUUCCAGGCGCCCUCGUACCUACCCCGCCAGUUCGAGCGCGGCGACGGCUUCCUGGCCGAGCAAUGCUGGCAGUACCACCUCAUCGGCCGCCUGAACGCCCAGAACCUGGCCGUGCGCGACGGCCUGCGCCUCAAGCACUACCUCUCCACCUACGACAGCCCCCAGCCCGUCACCUUCACCGCCGCCGAGACCGACCAGUUCGCCCGCCUCCACGGCCCGCUCAACGACCCGGCCUCCCUCCCGCGCGCCUGCAUCUGCCGCGGCCUGCCCACCGAGCGCAUGAUCGCCUGCGACGUGGCCGACUGCGCCUACGGCGUCGCGCCCUUCCACGCCCGCUGCGUCGACGUCGCCUUCGCCCCGGCCGAGGGCGAGCGCCACUUCUGCGGCGGCUGCGCCAUCGACUCGACCUGGUUCCUCGACGAGCCGGGCAUCGCCCGCGCCGCGGACCCCCUCAUCGCCCUCUACUUCGAGCAGGGCCUCUUCAACGAGGCCGCCGACCAGCCCGCAGUCCGCUGGUUCGUCUGCGAGACGCUGCGCCUCGUCCGCCGCCAGGUCGGCCCGCUCCCGUUCGACGAGCUCGCGCCCGUCCCGGCCCUCGUGGAAGACGUGCUGGCGCGGCUCAGCGCCCGCAUGGACGCCAACGACGGGUCCGCCAUCGGGCCGGCGGAGAUCGCCAACGGCAUCGUCGCGGAGCGCACCGUCGCCGGCGUCAUGCGCGCCCAGCAGAGCAAAUUCUUGGACCUCUGGCACACCGUCACGCGGGACGCCGCCGCGGACAACGGGGAGCGGCCGCAGGGGCGGCAGGAGGGAGAACCCGGGCUUGAGUGGCACUUCAUGAGCAGGGCACCCACUGUGCGGAGGCUGUAUCACGAGGACCACUUCCGUAGCGUCGAUGCUGUUGUGAGGAGGAGAGAGCAGCAGAGCCGUGCAUCGUUUCCUCACAACUAA